AUGAACGUACCAUCGUUGAUACAAAUAGAUCAGAAAUAUCACAUCAUCUCGAAGGCAAGCGAUCCGAUGCGACGUGGGCAUGGUGAUAAUCAUGGCGAAGAAGUCGUCGAUGAAUGUAUUGAACGCCUGGAACAAGAAAGUUCUCGUGUUUGGUGGCGACGAGUUUGUGGAUGCGGUUGGAAAACCCGUUCCAAAGGAUUUUACGCUCGAUUUGAGGACAAACCAAAUACGACGCGAAUCGGAGCGGCCAUCUAA